CAAGAGUAGCCCCGAUCGUAGUAGCACCAGGGCAGAGAGGAGCCGGCAGCAGGCCAGUCAGCACUGGCACCGCUCCCGGCAGCCUGUCCUGCCCCUUCACUGUGACUCUGCAAAACAGCGAGGCGGUGGCGAUGACGAUGGUGAUGGCUGGGCUGGGAGGAAGCAGAGCAGCACGGCUGGGUGCUGUGCUGCUUGGGGUGGAGCGGCAGGCUCAGUCGGGCCGGCAGGAGGAAGGACGAGGCUGGUUCACCACAGCAGCCAUGGCUGAGACCGAGGAACGGAGCAUCCACACGCAGCACAUCUCGGCCGUGCACAACGUGCCCAUGCGUGUUCUCAUUCGGCCCAUCCCAGCAGAGCUGGAGCCGGAUAAGGUGCAGAGCCUGAUGCAGACCCUGCAGGAGGAUCCCGAGCGGGUCCCCCCCAUCGACGUGCUCUGGGUCAAGGGCAGCGAGGGCGGGGAUUAUUUCUAUUCCUUCGGGGGCUGCCACCGCUUUGCCGCCCACCAGGCGCUCAACCGGGAAACCAUCCCCGCCAAGAUCAUCCCGUCCACCCUCAGCGAUCUCCGCACCUACCUGGGCUCCUCCACCCCCCACCUGCGCUAGCCGGGCAGCCCGGAGCCUGCACGGUCCCCGCAGCCCCGGCCCGGUGGGUGUUCGCGGGCUGAGCUGGGCCUGAUCCGGGGGCCCCGCGCCCCCCCGGUCGGGACGGGGUCGGGGUCUCGCUGGCACCGGGAGGCUCCCGGGGCGGUGCGGGGCGGCGGGGCCGGCAGGUGGCGCUAUUGUGCCGCGCCGCGGGGACCGGAACGGGAUGAACCGGGACGGGACGGGCUAGUCCGGGGCACGGCUCAGCCGGAACGGGACGAACCGGAACGGGAUGAACCCACACAGGAUGAAUCGGGACGGGGUGCGGCUGAACCUGAGCACGUCUCAACCGGGAUGGGCUGAACUGGCGCACAGCACAACAGAAAACGGCUGAACCGGGACAGCCUGAACCGGGACACACUGGAACUGGGCCAGGUCACAGCCCGUCCAGGGCACAGCCGAACUAGGAAGGGAUACUGGCAAACUGGGACACAGCCAAACCGGGAGAGGCACAGCCAAACCUGGCAUGGCCAGUUCCCAGACCUCCUCCAGCGAGUCUGGGGUCACACUGUGCCCAAAUCGGGAGGACCCUGGGCUAUGCCUGCCCCGAAACCUCCUGUCCCUACCCUUGGGCACAUUCUGCAUUCCUCUUCUCUGGGGGGGACAUCUCUGGGAUGGUGUGGUGGGGACACCCACUCCUGCAUCUGGAAUAAAGGCAAUCAAACCCCCACA